AUGGCGGCGGCGAGAGCCCGGCCUGCGGCGCUUAAAGCGAUGGCCGGUGUAUCGGCGGCCCGGCUGCAGUCACUGCUGCUGGCUCUGCUGCUGGCCGCCGCCGCCGCCCCGGCCGCUGCCGCCGCGGAGCAGCAGGUGCCGAUAGUGCUCUGGUCGAGCUCCCGGGACCUGUGGGUUCCGCUGGAGAACGCCCACGAAGGGCACAUCACCACGGACGGCCAGCUGGCCGCCUACCUGGCCCCCGCCCUGGAGAGGGGCCCCCGAAACGUGCUGCUCUUCCUGCAGGAAAAGCUAAGCGUGGAAGACUUCACUGCGUACGGCGGCGUGUUUGGCAACAAGCCAGACAGCGCUUUCCCCAAUUUGGAGAACGCCCUGGAGUCGGCUCCCUCCGCCCUGGUCCUGCCCUCGGUGGCCUGGCACGCAGCCAGCAGCUUGACCUCCCUCCUGACGGGGAAGCUGGGAGCGAGUCCCCUCCACGUAGACGGGGCCACCCUGCGGGAGCUGAAGCUCAACGACACCCUCCCUGCUCUGCUACUCCUGAGGCUGCCCUACACCGCCGGCUCCGGCCUGAUGGCCCCGAAGGAAGUGCUCACCGGCAACGACGAGAUCAUUGGGCGGGUGAUGAACACCCUCCAGGCGGAAGGCGUGCCCUAUACGGCCCUACUGACUGCGGAGAGGCCUUCCCGGGCCAUUCGGGACUUGCCGAUGGUGGCCGGGGGUCUGGGGCGGCACCUCCUCGGAGAGAACGAGGAUUCGGAGCCUGGGCCACCCCCGUCCCCGCCCCUUCCGCCAGUGAGCUACAACGACCCGGAGCCUCGAAUCCUCCUCUGGGCCCAGAGUUUCACGGUGACCUACAACGACAAGUCGAGGGACCUGACCGCGCUCACCUUCGGGAACCCGGCCCUCAACCUGAGCGGCUCCAGCUGGAACAGCUCCUCUGCCCAGCUCGCCAUGACGUACCAAAACGUCUUUGGCCCCUUCCUGACCGUCAAGCUCUUCCUGAACAACCGCUUGUACCCCGUCUCGGCCCGGAGCUGGUUCACCCUGGAUCGACUGGAGAUCCACAUCAACAACUCCGUCGUUGUCUUCAAUUCGUCCCAUAUCGCAGCGCCCAGCAUCUACUCCUUCCACUGCGAGUAUGUCAGCAGCGAACGGUCCAAGAAUAGCCUCCUGGUGGCUCUGCCCGGCUCCUCGGCCUGGCACGUGACUUUCCAGGAUUUCCAGAUCCAGGCCUUCCACUUGUCCGGGGGAAACUUCUCGUACGCCAGUGACUGCGCCGGCUUCUUCUCCCCCGGCAUCUGGAUGGGGCUCGUCUCCUCCCUCAUCCUGCUCUUCGUCUUCACCUACGGGCUGCACAUGAUCCUCAACCUCCAGACCAUGGACCGCUUCGACGACCACAAGGGGAGCACGCUCUCCGUGCCCCUGACCGAGUGACCCCUGCAGCCGCCAGCGGGGCCCGCGGUGCGGGCGGAGGGGUGCUCACACCCUUGGGAAGAGCUCCCGCUACCAGUUCCCUCCCCGUGGCCCUCAGCCCGCCUUUCCUUGCUCUGUCCAUGGUAACAAAAAGCAGUUGCUGCUGUCUAGGACCCAGACCCACUCCGAGGACUGGGAGGCUGAGCUAGAAGCCCGAGGCAGCGGGAAGCUCCCCUCCCCCCAGGUGUAGCCCUUUGCUCCGUGAAUGUAUAAUAUAUAAGAAAGCCCAAAUUCCUUCUUUCCCUGGGAAGGCCCCCCCCCCUCUCCCUCCCUCCUUCCCUUCUGACCCUAUUUAUUUCCCCCAACAAGCCCUGCCCUCAGGACUAGCUACUUCUUUGUGGGUGGGAGGAGUCCCUGGAUCCUUGUGCUAGUGUAGCCCUGAGGGGUGGGGUGGGGGGUGAGCCUGAGCCUGGCCCAUCCCCGUGUUGGUCGCUUUUUGUGUCUUCCUCUCUUACUCUUUGGCUGUGAUGAGAAAUUGCAAUAAAACGGGAUGAGGCCUCAAAAAAAAAAA